GUCGCUCGUCUCGCUCGCCGCUCUCGGAUGGCCAGCAGGGACUGGCGCAUGCCGUCAACCGACUCGAUCGGGCGCAUCGCCGCGGCCUCGUCUUUCAUCCUCGUCGGCGCGCACCACUACGCCCUGAGCCGCAUCAGCCGCCAUGCCACUACGCGUCUUCUCGGCCUCGCCCUCGUUCCUGUCGCUCUGCGCGCCGUCGCCGCCGCCGUCUGGGUCCACCUCUCGUCGCCGUCCGCCGGCUCGCCCUUCGUCAACACUGGCUCGCGCAGCACGCGCAGUUGGGCCAUCGCCGCGUGCGAGGUCGUGCGCACGUUCUCGCAGGUGGCCGCAAGUCGGCUGAACCCGGUCUGGGUGUGGGCAAGCACCGACCUCUUCAUUCCCCUCCUCUUCCUCGUUCUUCCUGCAACGCCCGCGACCGACCCGCCCCGCACAACUCGCCUGUACGCGGCCGUCGCCGUCGCCUCGUUCGCGAGUGCGUGGACCUGGCGCUCCGACCUCAACGCCGAGGGCCUGUUCCUCGCCCUCGUCAGCGUCGGCGCCGAAACGAUGCGGCAGUGGCUCGCGCGGCAGGAGGUGGACGAGGCGAGCGGCCGGGUGGAUGAGGCGGUCGAGGCGGUGCGCGACUCGAGCCUGCGCGCAAUCGUUCUUCACAUCGUCGCCUACGUCGCCCUGUACCCGCUCGACCUGCAUGAGCCGUACGCCGCCUACUCGCAGGCCACCCUGGCGGGCUACCUCGUCGCGUGGCCGAUCCUCGCCCUCCUCGCGUCGACAGCGUCUGCCCUCGCCCUCCACCUCAACGCGCUCGACUUGUCCACGGCGACCGCCGUCUACUCGGCGGCGAACGCGCUCAUCCUCGCGCUCGUCGCCUGGAUCGGGUGGCAGAACGCCGACACGGCCGCGUUCCGAGUCGUCCUGUUCAUCCUGUUCGCCGCCGGCGCCGCGAGUCAGCUCGUUCCGACGACGCUCGGCGGCGUCUCGCUCGACCUCGAGCCGGGACACGGCGCGGCGUACGACCCGCUCGCCUCGUCCCCAUCGUCCAAGGUCCCCUCGUCACGCUCUCGCGCACCCUCGCCGCGCCUCCUCGCGGUCCUCCCCGCCUCCCUGUCCCUUCUCUGCGCCUCCUUCCUCGGCCUCGCCCCCUCGCCGACCCUCGACAUCGUCGUCGCGCACCACUCGCUCCCUCCCUCGACCCUCGCCCACCACGUCGCCGCCGUGCGCGAGGCGCCUCUCGCACGCCUGUCGCGUGUCCGCGUGUACCUGUACGAGAAGGGUAACUGGAGCGACGAGGCGCUGUGGGGCGGCUUGAGCGGCGCGCUGCGCCGGGGCAGGGACGAGGUCGUCCGCCUGCCCAACGUCGGGCGCGAGGGCGGCACCUACCUCGAGCACAUCGUCGCGCACUACAACGCGUCGACGCCGUCGUCGUCGUCGCCGAGGUCGUCGGGCGCGGCGUCCUGGGUCCCCGGGCUCGGUCGGCUCGGACUCGGCGGCGCUCGACCGCUCGCCGACACGACCCUGUUCCUCCAGGAGCACCUCGCGUGGGACUGGGUCGGCGCGCCCCGCCUGCGCCGCACCCUGUCGACCCGCACGGCGUUCGUCUCGCUCGGGCCGUACCAGACCAACCUGUGCGGGCUCGACAGCGAGGUGCGCACGCAGAUGGGCGGGAUCCGCGACAUCUUCGAGAUGGUCAAGGGGCGGCCGUGCACCGAGGGCAACGAGGAGGACCGGGUCCUGAGCACGUGGGCCGGCCAGUUUGCGGCGAGCAGGAGGACCUUGCUCAAGAACGAGCUAAAGGUGUACGAGAGGCUCGUGCGCAUGAUCGAGGCUCCCGACGACGACCCGAUCCACAAGCAGUACAACCCGAGCGGGCCCUCGACAGCGUCCAAUCCCGCCUUUGGCCACGCUCUCGAGCGGAGCUGGCCCCUCCUCCUGCACUGCGACGACAAGCGCAUCGCCGAGACGUGCCCCGACAGGGCGUUCGAGCCCAAGGACUGUCAGUGCUUUGAGGAGACGUAGAUACACAGACCUUGACGACGAGCUUGUGUAGAUAGAUGGGUUGUACCCAGACGAGCUGUUGAACCUUCUCGAGCG